GUUUAACGACUAUUUCACCUUCCCGCAGAAAAUAGGGUGUCGAAUCUGUCCUAUAACCUCCGCUAUAUUUAUUACUAUUUAAAGAUCGAAGAUGAAUCUUUUAUGAUAAUUGUGGUUCAAUUUGUGUAAAGGUUUUCCUAAGUGAUGUUGUGUAAGAUCGUUUGUGUUCUUGCGGUCAUUCUGUAGCGUUUGAAAAAUUAAACAUGGCCUCGAACCGAGGACUUCAGAUCGGGUCCGCGUGGUUUCAACGGAAGCUGAACUUGAGGCCGCAGCACCGGGGCGUGCACCUCGUCACCGAGGAGAUCCUCAAGCAGGUGCCCGAGUUGUCGCUGUUCGCCAUCGGACUCUGCCACAUCCAGAUUAUGCACACUUCGGCGAGUCUCGCGUUAAAUGAAAGUUGGGACCCAGACGUGAGAGACGACAUGGAGAUGAUGCUCAACAAAAUCGUGCCCGAGGGACUGCCGUACCGCCACUCCUGUGAGGGCCCUGACGACAUGCCGGCUCAUGUGAAAGCAUGCUUCCUGGGCUCAUCGCUCACAAUCCCCAUCACGGACGGGAAACUAAACCUGGGCACAUGGCAGGGUGUGUGGCUCUGUGAGCAUCGGAAUCAUGCCGGCAGUAGAAAGGUGGUGGUGACGCUGUCGGGCUCCGCGGACUCGCCGCUGUCGGCCGCGUCGCCGGCGUCGUGCUCCAGUUAG